UUUGUCUACAUCGGGCCACCGUCUCAUCAGCGUUACGGAGUGUUUUGUCCUUCUGCAGCCGCCGUCCCUGAUAUGAUUCACGGAGUUCCAGGACAGGGGAACUUGUGUUACGGAGGAGCCGGCUGGUGUUACCGGCACCAUGGAGUCACCUUUUAGUCCGAUACUUUCUCACAAGCCGGAUGAAGACUGGGAUUCUACUCUGUUUGCUGAACUUGGUUAUUUCACAGACACUGAUGAGCUACAACUGGAUGCUGGAAAUGAAACUUAUGAAAACAAUUUUGAUCAUCUUGAUUUUGAUUUGGAUUUGAUGCCUUGGGAGUCAGACAUUUGGGACAUCAGCAACCAAUUCUGUACUGUUAAAGAUAUUAAGACAGAACCUCAGCCACUUUCGCCAGCUGCCUCAAGUUGUUCAGUCUCAUCUCCUCGGUCAGUGGAUUCUUGUUCUUCAACUCAGCAUGUUCCUGAGGAGUUGGAUUUGUCUUCUAGUUCCCAGAUGUCACCCCUUUCUUUAUAUAGUGAAAGCUGUAAUAGUCCCUCCUCAGAACUGCUGAAGGAAGAUAAGCCCGUCAUUGGUCCUAGGAAUAAAACUGAAAAUGGACUGACUCCAAAGAAAAAAAUUCAGAUGAAUUUAAAACCUUCAAUUCAGCCCAAGCCUUUAUUGCUUCCAGCAACACCCAAGACUCAAACGAACUCCACUGUUCCAACAAAAACCAUUAUUAUUCAGACGCUACCAGCACUUUUGCCCUUGACAAAGCAGCAGCCAAUUAUCAGUAUACAACCUGCACCCACUAAAGGUCAGACUGUUUUGCUCUCCCAGCCUACUGUGGUGCAGCUUCAGGCACCUGGAGUUCUACCCUCUGCUCAGCCAGUCCUUGCUGUUGCUGGAGGAGUUUCGCAGCUACCUAAUCACAUGGUGAAUGUGGUACCAGCUCCUGUGGCAAAUAGCCCAGUGAAUGGAAAACUUUCCGUGACUAAGCCUGUCCUGCAGAGUACCAUGAGAAGUGUGGGUUCAGAUAUUGCUGUGCUAAGGAGACAGCAACGUAUGAUAAAAAACCGAGAGUCUGCUUGUCAAUCCCGCAAAAAGAAGAAAGAGUAUAUGCUGGGGCUAGAGGCAAGGUUAAAGGCUGCCCUCUCAGAGAAUGAGCAGCUGAAGAAAGAGAAUGGGUCACUGAAACGGCAGCUGGAUGAAGUUGUAUCAGAGAACCAGAGGCUUAAAGUCCCUAGUUCAAAGCGAAGAGCUGUCUGUGUGAUGAUAGUAUUGGCAUUUAUAAUACUGAACUUUGGACCUUUGAGCAUGCUGGACCAGGAUUCCAGGAGAAUGAAACCUAGUAUGAGCCCUGCUAAUCAAAGGAGGCACCUUCUAGAAUUUUCUGCAAAAGAGGAGCAAGACACACCAGAUGGUAUCAUCCAGAAAAAUAGCUACAGAUAUGAUCACUCUGUUUCAAAUGACAAAGCCCUGAUGGUGCUAAGUGAAGAACCACUGCUUUACAUUCCUCCACCUCCUUGUCGACCCCUAAUUAACACAACAGAAUCUCUCAGGUUAAAUCAUGAACUUCGAGGGUGGGUUCAUAGACAUGAAGUGGAAAGGACCAAGUCAAGAAGAAUGACAAAUAAUCAACAGAAAACCCGUAUUCUUCAGGGUGCUCUGGAACAGGGCUCAAACUCUCAGCUGAUGGCUGUUCAAUACACAGAAACCAGCAGUAUCAGAAACUCAGGGAAUGAGCUACAGGUGUAUUAUGCUUCACCCAGAAGUUAUCAAGACUUUUUUGAAGCCAUCAGGAGAAGAGGAGACACAUUUUAUGUUGUGUCAUUUCGAAGGGAUCACCUGCUGUUACCAGCUACUACCCAUAACAAGACCACAAGACCAAAAAUGUCAAUUGUAUUACCAGCGAUAAACAUAAAUGAGAAUGUGAUCAAUGGGCAGGAUUAUGAAGUGAUGAUGCAGAUUGACUGUCAGGUGAUGGACACCAGGAUCCUCCACAUCAAAAGCUCAUCAGUUCCUCCCUACCUCCGAGAUCAGCAGAGGAAUCAAACCAACACCUUCUUUGGUUCCCCUCCAGCAGCCACGGACACAACCCAUGUUGUCAGCACGAUCCCUGAGUCAUUACAGUAGCACCUGCACCUACGUUGGAAAACUAAGAGUGGUGCCCUGCCAAGGUGAAGAGCGGGUGAGAGAAAUGCUGCUUUUUCUGCCUUCUUGGUGGCAGGCAGAGACCUGCCUUGUGCUAGAAUUCAAGGGGAGAGAGAGGGAAAAAGGCUGCUGCUGCAUUUUUACCAUCUACUUGGAAAACACUGGAAUUCAGACACAAGAGAACAUGUCUUCGGUGGCAGAUGUAGCCCUGCAUCCUCCCAUGUUACCAACUGAGGAUUUUUUCUGUACCUCUCUAAAUGGCUACACCCUUUGUAUUUGUUUUCUGUUUAAAUAGUCACCUUUUUUCAAAUAAGAUCCACCUCCCCUUUUUGCCAUUUUAUGUUUUGAUGCAGUAAAGUGAAUUUUUUUAAAGCUGUACAGCACACAGAUGUUUAGAUGGUUUCCACUGAUUGGAUCUUUCAUUCACUUAAUACAAAACCAUUCUCGGUAUUGUGCUCACUUGAGAAGACAGAUUUCAAAACCAGAAUAGCCAAAAACAGUCCAGAAAGAGACAAAACAAUUUGGAGCUUUAGGGGAAAGGGAAAACCCCCAGUUGGUAAAGUUUAUUUUUACUUAGGAUUUGUGGUUCACACCUUAAUGAAUAAGUGUUUGGGGGUCAGGGUGGGUAGCAAAUUUAGGAGAAUGAUAUGGAAGGGAAGGGUCAGUGGUGGAGUUCUGAGAGAAAGAGAUAGCUCUCAAAUUGAAAGUUUGAUACAAUUAUAGUUUAAGACUUAACGCUUACAGCUACCAAUAGAGGACUCUAGGCCAGCAAAUACUAGCACACAUAUGUAUGUCUUCUCUUUACUAAUCGAGGGCAUGUCUUCUGGGACCACAAGACAGAUCCUGCGUUUUCAUUGUGAGUCCCCACCACGUCACACAUCACCUAUUAAUAUGACACCAAAUUCAGCUCAGGACCACGGAGGUGACUCUAGAAUGAAGCAAGGCAGCCUUUUCUCUUGAGAAUUAACAAGUGUUUAUUCCAGAAAGCAGUGCAGACAGGCAAUUCAGCAGAGUGGAUUCUUGCUGAGGGAGUGCAUCCCAUAAUAUGGCAAUAAUUUUCCGUUUCUUCAGUGAAAAGACAAUGAAGGAAUUAACUCUUGUGUCUUCCAUUGUUUAAAAAAACAAAUGUUUUGUUGGAUGAAUUCACAGAAGUGAAUCUCAGGGUGAUGUACUCCUCUCUGAUAUUGGACCUUCACCUUCUAAAGUGGGUCUUUCUCCUUCUCUUUCUCUAACACUUUUCGAUUUCUUGAUAGAACUCAUUCUACAAACACUUCUUCUCACCCCCUCUUGAUUUGCCAUGUCCUAUUUCUCCCCUUUCCGUUCCACACUAUAUCCCUCAAUUUUUCUUAUUCCUAGCAAGAUAGGGAAAGGGAAAUUAUAUCAACUCUCAAGGAUUACAUGCAGCCUGUUAUUUUUUUGCCUGUGAAAUUAGGCCUGGCUCUUGAACAUUUUAAAGACUCACCAACAUGUCUAGCUCUCUGGACAGGUGCCUCUCUGCCCAAGCCAGUAAAGGAAGGCUCUCUUGUUCUAUUACCUGCGAAUCUGGAAUUUGUAAAGUGCUAGUUAACCUUCCUCUUUUUCCACAUCACAAACCGUUUUAGGUCUGUGCAGCACUCCCCUCUGAUUUGGCUAGCCUGGGUGAUUUUCAGACAAGAACAUUUUCCCUGGGGACCAUUCUUCUAAUGGGUGCCAAGGAAUUGAAAGCAAAUGCCUAGAAGAUCAUUGGGCUACUGGGCAGUCUUCUCAUGGGACUUUUUCCUCUGACCUGCUCCUCACGCUCUGUAAUGUGAACUAGACCAACAAGAGGCUGUGACUGUGGCCAGUAGGCAGCAGUUACAUUGUUGUCCUCCAGCUGCUGAUAUUCUGCUGGAACUCCCUCAUUCUGCUAGAGACACACACAGUAUGUGUGUAGUGAUGAUGGCAGGAGCUCCCUCCUCUCCUUUGCACUGACUCACACAACAAGGACCCAUCACAUGCACUUCAUGUUCUUAGCACUUUCCUUUUAAGAAGAACUAAUACCAAUCCUACCUAAACUAUUCCCAAAAAUCAAGGAAGAAGGGUUACUCCCAAACUCAUUCUAUGAGACCUAUAUCAUCCUAAUACUAAAACCAGACCAACAUGCAACACAAGAAGAAAAACAUAGGCCAGUAUCUCUGCUGAACAUAGUUCCAACAAUCCUCAGCAAACUACUAGCAAACUGAAUUUAAUACAACACAGUAAAAAGAUCAUUCAUCAUGAUCAAGUGGGAUUCAUCCCAGAGAUGCAAGAACAGUUCAGCAUUCACAAAUCAGUCACUGUGAUAUGUCCUAUCAACAGAAUGAAGGGCAAAAUCCAUAUUAUCAUUUCAGUUGAUACUGAAAAGCACUUUGCUUUAACUUUAUCCCUCUAUUCCCAGCUUUUUCUGCUUUUGUUUUAACAACUCCUCAGCCUAAAGACUUCAAUUAUGUCAUGUUCACCAACAGUAAUGGCUCUCUUAAAGGCGACGGUUAGAAGGGAGUCACGGCUAAAGAGCUGGCAGAUGUUGGGAGGGUUGGCAGCCCCAGCCAUGGAGCUAAGAGUACCAGUGAAGUGAUAGGCCAAGCAGUCAGGAGCCUUGCGUUUUCUUUUCCCUCACUGGCCUUUCAGCUCCUUGUCAUUACCUGCUCUUGAAUUAACCUCUUUGAGAUGAGGGAAUAGGAUUCUUCUCAGGGUAGUUUCAGGAAAUGAGUGAAAGGCAACUGACAAAGGCAAAGAAAUAUUCUACUUUUUUAAUUGCUGGUAUAGCUGUUAAUCCCUGGGCACAAUAGUAGUUUCUAUUAAUGUUUGUGAGCUAACACGAGGCCCUUUGGGAAGUGGAAAAUUGCUAUGCCAGAUUAAUAAAUUAAGUGGGCAUCUGGGCUUACUUGGGGUGGAUGGGAGGGGAUGGGAUUGACUUCUAGGGGUUGCAGCCAGAAAUUGUGGGAGAUAUGUAUAUAUAUUUUUUUAAUUUAUUAAGUUGUGAAAUGGGACUUUGCAAACUUAUGAUGAAAUUAAGUAAACCCAUGGAGGAGGCAAGUCUUCCUGUUAUUAGAUGAUUUUGUGCCCUUUGGGCCCAUAAUACUACAAUCUUGGGAAGUGAUGGUGGAGACUGAUGGGAACCAUCUUUCUGCCUUGUUGAAAGUCCCCAAUUUUUAGGUUUAAUGAAAGUAAGUGGAUGUUUCCUCAUGUUAACUAUUGAGUCAGAAGUUAGGGGCUUUUACCUCUUGAAGUUAACUCAUACCAGCAACACAGGGACACAGCUUCAUUAGAGUGUUAGUGUAAACUAAAUCCAGAGUUAGAAGUUAAUAUGAAAGACAGAUGUAUUGUUUGCCAUCCUUGUAGGAUAGAAUCUUUACAUUGGAUUAUUGAGUUGGGUUUGUGUUCUCAUAUGUAAAAAAAUCCUUCAUAAUUAUAAAAGCUCGGAGCAUCUUCCAAUUUAUUUUUAAAUGACUGCAAGUUCCAGCACAAAACUGGCGUUUCCUUGCCUUUCCUUGCUAGCAAGAAGUAGACAAGAGGUAUUUGAAAGCAGCAGUGUUGUAUGAGUCAUUCUUGAACGUUCCAAAUGAAUUUAGGAAAAGACAAGGAACUUGGGAUUCACACUGAUUUUUCUAUCACUUUUAAAGAGACACUGUUCUGAUUAAAUCCUCUGGCCUAAAUCUUCCUCACCCAUGUGUAUUCCUCAGUAGUCACAGCUGAUAAGGGUCUCAGCUGAUAAGAGCCUGUCACUGUGGCAUUUAGCAUGAUUAAUGCUAGAGAACUCCCAAGCUCUUCACCACUUUCAUACUAAUUUUUUAAUUCUUGCCAUUUUUCUAAGCUCAGGUUCUGAAACUUGACAGGAAUGUAUCACAGGAAAAAACUUGUAUUUGACUUUCUAACACAUUGAAAACUUUCAAAGCGACUUCCAAUUUCAACAACUUAUUAGAAGUAACCACUUUUGCUUUCACAGCCUGAAGAGCCAGAGUCUGAUCCAAUGCCCCCUUGCAGUCUGACCUCAUGGAAACUUUCCGUGCAUGAAAGCCUUCUAUCCCCUGCAUACUGACGGGCUGACUCAGCUUCCUUUGGCAGACUGAGGCCUUUUCAUGCUAUCGGCUGUUUCAUACAAAUUAACUAUUCAAGUAAGAUUGCUUAUGGCCAAAAUUGAUAGACACCCAUUAUCACCUAUGGAGCCCAUAUUCCUUACCGGAAUGUUAUUUUCAUCAGUCCUGGCUCAUUUUAAUUUAUAGAGAUUACGAUCUUCGCUGUUAAUAUAAAUACCAAUUAGAACUUUUACCUUAAAAAGAAAGCCUAAAAGAAAGAGAAAGAAAUAUGAAAAAUUUCAUCCCUACCCCUAAUAACAAUUGAAAGGGUAAAUUCCUGUUUCCCACACCCACAGGGUUUGUGACUGAUUUUUAAUUAUUUGGGGAAUAGAAUACUGGACUACCUAAAAAGAUGUUACCAGAGUCCAAAAUGAACUAUGCACAGAAAAGAAAUGCAUUUUUUCCCUAGCAGAAUGUGUUCUAUUAACUUAUAUUUUUAAUGACUAAGCUUAAAACAAAGUUUAUUUAAAUAAGACUAAAACUUUUAGCAGUUUGUUCUAAUAUCUAUUGUUAGCUGUCAUGUGCAAUAGAAUUUAUAAAAAGAAUGACAAAGGUAUCAAGAAGUUCCGUUUUAUGCAUGAAUCGUGUCAUGGCUAGCCAUUGUGACAUAGUGGACGUCAUAUUCAACAUAUUGGUUUGCUAACUUUAAGCAUUAAGGAUUUAUUACACUAAAAGGCUUACAUUAGGCUUGAGAACCAAGGAGUAAAUAAAUCAUAAUUUACCAUUUACCAAGAUCAACAAACACCACACUGUUGCCCCCGGUGAAGUUGGCGACCAUUAGUUAAAUAAAUCAAGAGGCUGGACAUAUACCCCAGUAUGCUAAUCCCAGCCAGAGAUGAUCAGUUUGACUUUCACAGCAAAUGUAUAGUAAACCAUUUUAACUCAUACUUAGCUCUAAUUUCCAGGCCAGUCACCAGGAUAGAGGAGAUGAGGAGGAAAAAGAGUUUUAGAUGAAAACUACUAGGUACUGCUAGCCUCAGAGAUACUAGUUUCCUGUUCUCAUCAUGUUGCCAAGUAUGAUUGAGGUAACAGUGCUUCACUUAGGGAACCAUUAGAACCUGAGGAGAGAGUGUCAGAGUGCUAUUUCAUCAGGAUUUUCUUUCCAAGGUUGUAGCCAUGCUAAUUUAAGAACAUGUUACAGAUAAAGAAGGUAAAGGAGGGAAUGGUGUAUGUUGGUUUACAGUACCUAAAGAAAUAAUAACAGACAAUUUCAUACUUUGAAGCAAGUCUUUAUAAUGCAAUACUUGUUCUUUCUCUGAAAUUCAAAUAAAGAAUUUUUAAACUUGC